CCAUUUUGGCUCAAGCCAGCUUGUUCAGGCGUGCUUGGGCAGGCGAUGGCGCGGGAGGUUCUGCGGGGCGCGGCUGGUGCCCGUGCCUCGGCAGACCGUCUGGUGCAGAAGUUGGUCAAGCAGCACGCGGAGGCCCGCGAGGAGGCCGCCUCCCUGAGGCGCUCCCUUCGGCAGCUCCUGGGCGGCUUCGAGGUUCUCAUCGGGGGCGCGGAGCUGGCGGACCGCGUGGCGGCGCUGAUUCCUGCCUUGCGCGCACUCCUUAAGGGCGAGACGCCCUCGCCCGAGGACGUGCUCAGGCGCAGCGUCGCGCUACACGCCGACGCCGAGGGCGAGAGCGUGGCAGAGGCGCGGCCCGCGCGCCUUCGGCAGAUGCAGAGGAGUGCGCGUCUCGAAGCUCGUCUGCAGGGCGUCGGUGGCGCGGAGGUGCUCGGGCGGAAGCUGUACGCCGUGGCGGGCAACCCGGCCGUGCUUCGCGAGCAGGCUGCCCCGUUCUGGCCGCGGCACCCCCCAGGAGUCUGGGAGCAGCUGGGCGGCGCCGGCUGGGAGAGCAGGACUGCGAGCGGUGCUGCACGCGCGGAGGCGCGGCCGCCGCGGGCGCGGGACGCCUUCCUCGCGGUCCAGAGCGUUGGGCCUUGGGAGACGCUGCCCCCCGUGUCCAUCCGCUGCACGUGUGGCGCCUUGGUCUACGCCUCGGCUGGUCUUCACGCGCGUGCUGACGUUGUGGCUGGUGCUGGAGGGCCCCUGCCGACGGGCUCCGCGGGCUCGAGUGGUGGUCACGUUGAGGCCGUCUCCAGCCCCGUGGGCAAUGCGGCCGACUCGGCCGAGUUCGACUACCUGGAGGUGGGUGCUGCCGAAGCUGAAGUGGAUACGGCCUGCUCGGUGUCGGAGGCGGCGCCACAGGCCAGCACUGCGGUUCUGGCGUACCUGCACGCUCACCCUGCGGCGCUCCUCUCGGGAGGCGGCGGGCCCCUCGCGGCUCCUGUGGCUGGCGGCACUGAUCCUGGCGCUGGUUUCGAAGGCAGCCGCGUCCGCAGGAAGCGUGGUGCAAGCACGGGGCGGCGCGCCCGUCGCGUCCGCUUCGACCUGCGUCCCGUCGUCAUCGGCACGGCCUUCGAGGAGGAGUCGGAGGAGGCCCCCCGCGCGGAGGCGGGGCUGGCGGCGUGGGCGAGCCCGUCCGCGGUCUCUGGGCCUUUUUGGACGGCCUCUCGGUAG